AGGUGUUGCCAAAAACAGGUCUGACCUCUGACGUCACGCAAGUACACUUCUCUGAUUGGCCGAAACCGUGUAUAUCCCAACAUGCACAGCGGUUUUGAAGAAGGAGAGCGGACAUUUUGAAUGUGAUCCGUUGUUUGGAAUCAAGAUGCAGUCGGCAGCUUCAAGAAGGAAAAGGAGAUCAUCCUCGAUCCUGAAAGUUGGAGGAAGGUCUCCAUCCAGAAAUGCAUUCCAGGACCUGAAUGGCCGAGACCCUCUCGAUCUCCAGGAAGGACAAGGCGUACCCCUUAAAAGGGAUCCAGAGCCAAAGUCCAGAAGGCCAUCGAGGAGGGUGAGCUUUGCUGACACAUACCAAGUCAAGGAGUUUCUGACAGAGAAAGAUGCUGCGAGUCUGGGACUGUGGGAGAACUCACAGACGGAGGAUCCAGCAGCAGGACAGGCUGAGGAUGGAGUCUUUAGUGCAAGUGUUGCUGAAUCUACUACAACUGCUAAAGCCACCAUAUCAGCCUCAGGCUUAGAUACUUUACUGAAUGGCCCCAUCAAGAGUCCUGCCGCUUCUCAGGACAUUCCUGUGGCUGCUCCUGUGGUUUGUGAGCCACCUGUUGUGAGCAGUGGUGAGGAGUCAGGCACCCAACAGACAAGGACCUUUGACCCUGAGGCAGAGAACACAGCCCCUCUGGUGGACAGUAAGUCAUUCCUCGCACGGCUGAUGGGCGGGGCCGGUUCCCAAGGCAAUGCUGGGUCACCUGACCUGUCCAUGUCCUGUUCCUCUCACACCUUCAACAACACCAUCAUCUUUGGCCAGGACCCGAACAUCACCUCGUCCCUGAACAUGACCUGCAUGGACGAGACAUUCGCUGCACAGGACAACGCGAUUCUUGGCUCUGAUAAUAGCGUGAUAAAAGCACAGCAACAGGACAGCAAGGGGACAAUCGACGCUGGCAGCUUCCUCUCAAAGUUCAUGCAGCAGAGGCCAGCCCUGUCAGAGGACAGGCCUAUUAGCAGUGGGGACCACACAGUUGUGUUUGGAGAUGGGGAUCAGGGCAAUGACAUGGACUUCACUGUCGCUUUUAGCGCCAGACAAGAGAAGGUCAGCUUGGAAAAGGAAGGGGCAGCUCAGAGGCAGUUUGGUGCGGCAAAAACGUUUGUAUCCGUCGAAGACAAAACCACCGUCUUCAGUAAUGUGGAGGUAGGUGCAGACAUGGAUUUCACGACUACCAUCAGCAGCAUCAGUACGAGCCAAGAAAGUGUUCACCUACAGCAAACAUUUAAGACAGAAGAACAAGACAAAACCACUGUCUUCAGCAACACCCAUACUGGUGCAGACAUGGAUUUCACAACUACCAUCAACUGCAUCAGUACGAGCCAAGAAAGUGUUCACCUACAGCAAACAUUUAAGGCAGAAGAACAAGACAAAACCACUGUCUUCAGCAACACCCAUACUGGUGCAGACAUGGAUUUCACGACUACCAUCAGCAGCAUCAGUACGAGCCAAGAAAGUGUUCACCUACAGCAAACAUUUAAGACAGAAGAACAAGACAAAACCACUGUCUUCAGCAACACCCAUACUGGUGCAGACAUGGAUUUCACAACUACCAUCAACUGCAUCAGUACGAGCCAAGAAAGUGUUCACCUACAGCAAACAUUUAAGGCAGAAGAACAAGACAAAACAACUGUGUUCAGCAACCCUAAUACUGAUGCAGACAUGGAUUUUACAACUACUAUCAACAGCAUGAGAAUGGAACCACAAACUGUUCCAACGCAACCACCUUCAAUGGCAGAAGAACUUACUCAGGACAAAACCACUGUCUUUGGGGAAAUUGAAGCUGGUGCUGACAUGGAAUUCACUACGGUCAUUGGCAGUGAGGAUAAUGGAAACCACGUUUCUGGCCAGGACAACUCCAUACAGCCUCAGAAACUUGCCCAAGACAAAACCGUUGUCUUCAAUAAUGUUGAGUGUGGCGCAGACAUGGAAUUCACUGCGGUCAUCGGCAGUGACGGUUCAAGACAGAACAUUAUGACUGACCCGGCCAAGCCUCAGAAACUUACCCAAGACAAGACUGUAGUUUUCAGUCAUGUUGAGAGCGGUGCAGAGAUGGAGCUCACCACUGCCAUCAGCGGCAACUCCGAGCAGCAGCAGCAUCCUGAGAUCACAUGCCCACCAGUGCUACAAGAAGCUGCACAAGACAGGACGACAGUGUUUUGGGAUGCUGAGACAGGCGGAGACAUGGAAUUCACUGCCGCGGUCGGAAGCCUCCAACCAGACACUGACGAUGUUUCUUCACAUGCCCCACUUGUCCAGCGUGAGGAAACCAACAUUAUCGGUGGGACAGAGGGAGGCAUGGACUUAACAGCGUGUGUUUCUGAUCUACAAGCUGCAACAAAUCGUAGAGGGAUGAUCUCUCCACUUGUCAGCAAUCCACAGGGGGAAUUCCAACUUGCCAAAGACAGCCCAGAAAAAACAAAGAUCCUCGGGUUCAACACACAGGACGGAGACAUGGAGCUGACCACAGUCGUUCCAGAGCAGAAAGUUGGGGACGACAGUCAGUCCCUAGCAGCAGUACUAACGGAAGGGACCAGAGCACUCUCCACUCAGGAUACGGGCGGGAUGGAGCUAACCUGCCAGUUUGAGCCCACAGGGAACCAGAAGAAGCCUUCUAAGCUCAACAGGUUGAAGAGGAGACUGUCAGAAAUGGCAGGAGAAACCACUCGGGUCUUCGGGGGUGAAGACACGGCAAUGAUGGAGCUAACAGUUGGCAUCGGUACCAUCGCAGAACCAGAAGUAUCAAGUAGAAACGACAUGUUCUCAACUCAAGACAGGACGGAAGCUGCUGGUGGUGAGAAGACAGCACUGUUGGACCUUACUGUUGGCAUUGGGGGCACGCUCAACACUCAGACGCUGUCAGAAAAUCAGGACAGUGACAAGACCAGAGUUUUUGGCAGUGAGAACACGGCUAGGAUGGAUCUGACACAUGGUUUUGGUGGGAUCUUAGAUGGAAACAACAUGUUGCACUCUGCCAAAAGUGUACAGAAAGCGAGCAUGCCUGUUGUGCAAGACAAUUGUGGUAGCUCAGAGGAGAGGAGUUCAGGAAUGGCUGACCUCCCCAGAAGCACCAAGGAAACAACUGACAGAACGCAGGUGUUUGGUGCAGAGGAUGACGGUAUGGAGAUGACUCGAUGUCACACUGGGGUGAUAUCCGAAGACUCCAGCCUCCUUGUGUCUGCCAAGAGGAGAAAGACGACAGCACAAGGAAAAAGAGUCAGUUUUGGUCCCAGUCAAACCCUUGCCACAGCCUCAGCAGGCUUGCCCACCAUGGCAACAUUAGACAUGACCGAGAGGACUAAGAUUUUUGGCUCCGACAUGACGGCCUCAAUGGAUGUGACAAGUUGCACUGGUGGCAUACUCGGACAGGCAGCUCCUCAAGGUACCCGGGAAACCCCCGGCAGGCCCCUGUCCAGCCUUGCAGACCUCACCAGCUUCCAGCAGCUCAGUAAACCCCGGAGUAGCCUCCCGCUGUUGAGAAGCAGAACAAGCCUAGUGUCCACGGCUAGAAGAGCUUCUGCAGCAGCAGCCAGCAUGACAGAUCCUCAACAAGACACUGACUCAGCUCCAUCUCCUCAACAGCAAGAAACACCAGAGACAGUCACUACAGCACAAACAGUGGCAGAGGAAGUUUUGGAACCGGCUACAACUCCACCAUCCAGUGACAGUGAUGUGGCUGUUGAAGAAGCCCCUCAAAGGAGAACAGAGACAGAUAUUGGCCCCCCAAUGGUGGAAAACAGGCCGCCUGUCCCACCUCUCUCCAUCAUACCUGUGACAGGUGACAACCGAGGUGAUGCCGGCAUCAUCAGUCCAGAGUUCGACCUACAGAAUGAGCAGCUGGAACUGGUGGAGACCACAGCAGAGUUCCUGGCAGCCGUGUGUCAGGAAAACUUGACACUGCCUUCUACCAAGCCACCAGCUGCAGUGCCAUCCCAGUACAGCUCCUCCACCCUCCCCACGGACCUGUCACACGCCAAUAGCACUCUCCUGGACGUGACCUGUAGGUCAAACUCAAGUUCAGACAGGUCUGCACUGGGAGCCACUGGCAUGGAAGUGCAAGAUGACAUGACCCUCCCGCAACAGGGCAGGCUGUCAGUGUCCCAGUUCCUGACGUACUGCAACAUCGUGUUCCAGGACCAGGGGAAGGACAGGAGGAGCAUCAUGCCUCUCAUCAAGAGUGACCCACCUGAGACCCUGUAUGACCACCUGGAGAUCCUGAGCAGCCUCCUGCCCCAGGCACAUGUGUACGAGUGGAGCUGCAACAAACUGCAGGAGCACAUCGGAAGUACAAGGCAACUAGUGAAACAGCAGGAGGAGCGCCUGGACCAGAGUAACCCAGUCCUGUUCUUAGAAGCGCAGAAGAUGUUGCAAGACGGGAGACUGAAGGAGGUUGAUCAGCUGAAGAAGGACAUGGAGUCCUUAAGAUCCUGCUGUAAGAAACAGGCCAAGACAGAGUGGCACCAGUGGAACUAUAAGAUGUCAGGCACCAUCGUGGAAUCACUGAAGGAAGAACAUGCAGACAUGAAGGCAGGUGUGGAAGAACUGGACGCUUCCCUACAGAAAAUAGACCAAAGUUUAGCUGCGCUCGACAAUGUUGAGAAGGAUUUGGAAGAUGCCAUUAUAAAUUUGGAGGGGAUGGAGCUGCCGUCUGAAGAGGACAUUCAGAGAUUGAAAAAACAACAGGCUGAACUGUUGCAGAAAGAGGAGGAACUUGCUGCAUCUCAACAGGAACAAGAACAUUUGAAAAGCACCUGCGUGAGCCUGCAGCAGGAGAGGGAGGCCCUGGAGCUGCAGGUGGACCAGCUGCAGCUGCAGCAGGCGGAGCUGGGCCUGCAGCAGGAGGGUGAGGACGGUCCCGCAGCUCAGGCCCUGCAGGAGCAGGUCAGGGCACUCAACAGGCUGCAGGGCCUUGUGGAGUGGGACCUGGAGGAGCUGUCAGCUGCUCAGCUGCGUGUGACGUUUCUUCAGAAGUCCCUGCAGCUCACAGUGGUGUAUGCUGGGGCAAAGGACGAGUGUCAGAAGAUCACAGAUAUCCAGCUGGAGUCGCUGCUGGCAGACGAGGCCGCGCCCUGGGCACACCUGUGCCAUCGCAUGGUUCUGGGAGCGCUGGACCUGUCACAACUGGUACACACCUACCCAACCUUUCCUACACAGAGCAAGCUUCUGCACAGAGUGUCGUUGCUGGUGUCAGAAGCCCGCAGGUUGGGAGAUGAAGUACAGAGCAUCGUCCUGAGGCACCCGUUCACCACUGUGGAUGGCACAGACCUGACUGUGGAGUUCUCCAGUGUCGAGGCUCACGCCAAGUUCUUUGUGACCUUCAACCUGACCCCAGGUGCCUACCCAAACCAGUUGGUCAAGUGCACCUGUACACACAGGAUAGGUGCCAUCAGCCCGUCUGCAGUGGAAGGUGCCCUGUGCGGUGUCCCAGCAGGCAGCCUGUACCUGACCAGGAUGGUGCAGUCUGUGGAAGAACUCAUUCAACAACACGCUGACUCACUACGCCAGACACGCAAGGACCUCUAGCUCUAUACUGCAGUUCAGAGAUUGGUUUUCAAUGGUUGAAAGCUUUGAUGAUAUGGCAGCUUGAUGUAGUGUGUAGGCAUCUCAAUAUAUCACCUUGCCUGAAAAACCCUGUACAUAUUUUUUAUAAUGUAAUACUAAACAUAAUGACUACUUUGGUAACUUGUAUGAUCAAUUUUAUAUUGAUUGAUUGUGUGUGUGUGUGUUUGGUAAUACCUCAUCAUCAUGAAUACCAGCAAGUUUUUACAUAUUAGUUUUGAUUAGCUUUAGUUUUAUCAUAUGAUCGUGUCAAAGAGUAAUGUUCCAGUGUCCACAUAUCAGCCAUCAUGUCUUGACCCAAUGGCUGUCCCAAUGGUCAGAAUUACUCAACCACCACCCUGACUUUCCAAAUCUGUUGACCACUGUCUUGCUAAGAUUACAAGGAAACUUACACCCGGUCCUUGUAAUCCUGAUUCACAAGCCCAAGAUGGAUAUGUAUUAACAGUUGUACCUGUAUGUAAGCAGUACAGCAUGUAUUAUAUAAAAAAAGAUUGUAUUUGACAUUGAGUUUCAUUGCUAAUCUUAAAGUUUAUGGUUUUAUAAAAGUAAAGAGAAAGAAAUAUCAUUAAUGUGUCAUUAAACAAAAGGGCUGAAGAGAGUUUUUUGGUCUGUCGCAGGCUUUUAUUCAGUUCAAUGUAAAAGUGUAUUUCUCUCCAUUGCAGCUUGUCCAAACAUUUUAUGUUUGUUCCAAAUCUCUCAGUUUUUCUGUAGAAGUUAGUUCUGUGAUCGUUGAGCCCUUAACAGCAAUUUGUACCUGUAUAUUAUGCAAAUAGAAUAUUAUGAAAUGCAGUCAAAAUGAUAUGACUGGAGAAAUCCCAGUUUGUUGACUUUGCUUCAAAGUUAUCUUUUCUGUUGUGUGUAGUUAAUGUUCUCUCCUAACUUCCUAAGACAGGUUUCUGUACAGAUAUGAUAUGAUGAAUAAA